CGAAAGCACACUCUCCUCCCACUCUAAACCCCAAAACCUAAAAGCAGCCAUGGAAACCCUGCAACUUCCUCUCUCCAUCCUCCUCUCCUUCCUCCUCCUCCUGCUCCCAACCUCCUCAAUUGCCCAAAACCCAAAAUGCAGCGUCCAAGACCAGGGGUCGACCCUGGAGGUGCUGCACAUAUACAGCCCAUGCUCUCCGUUCAGGCCCCCCACUCCGUCCCUCUCCUGGGAAGAGUCCGUCCUCCAGAUGCAGCAGGAGGACCAGGCCAGGCUCCAGUUCCUGUCGAGCCUCGUGGCGGGCAAGUCGGUGGUGCCGGUGGCGUCGGGGAGGCAGAUCAUCCAGAGCCCCACUUACAUCUUAAGGGCCAAGAUCGGGACUCCCCCUCAGACCAUGCUCAUGGCCAUGGACACCAGCAAUGACGCCGCCUGGGUCCCCUGCUCCGGCUGCGUCGGCUGCCCGUCGUCCGCCGCGUUCGCUUCCGCCAAGUCCACCACCUACAAGAACCUCCCUUGCAAGUCUCCCCAGUGCUCUCAGGUGUCGAAGCCCACCUGCGGCGGCGGCGCGUGCCUUUUCAACAUGACGUACGGUAGCUCCAGCAUCGCCGCGAACCUCUCGCAGGACACCUUGACCCUCGCCUCCGACCCGAUCCCGAACUACACCUUCGGGUGCAUCCAGAAGGCCUCCGGCAGUUCGGUGCCGCCGCAGGGCCUACUGGGCCUUGGUCGAGGCCCGCUGUCGCUGCUGUCGCAGACCCAGAACCUCUACAAGUCCACCUUCUCCUACUGCUUGCCCAGCUUCAAGUCCCUCAACUUCUCCGGGUCGCUGCGGCUCGGCCCGGUCGGCCAGCCCCAGCGCAUCAAGUUCACCCCUCUGCUCAAGAACCCGAGGCGGUCCUCCCUCUACUACGUCAACCUGAUCGCGAUCCGGGUCGGCCGGAGGACCGUGGACAUUCCGCCCAGCGCGUUCGCUUUCAACCCCACCACCGGGUCGGGGACCAUAUUCGACUCCGGUACUGUCUUCACUCGGCUAGUGCAGCCGGCCUACAUUGCCGUGAGGAAUGAGUUCCGCAGACGAGUCGGCCCGAAAUUGACCGUGACCUCCCUCGGAGGCUUCGACACCUGCUACUCCGCGCCCAUUGUCGCGCCGGCCAUGACCUUCAUGUUCUCAGGCAUGAACGUGACAUUCCCCCCAGAAAACCUGCUCAUCCACAGCACUGCCAGCAGCAUCACGUGCUUGGCCAUGGCCGCAUCGCCUGGGGACCUCAACUCUGUGCUCAACGUGAUCGCCAACAUGCAGCAGCAGAACCACAGGGUGCUCUAUGACGUGCCGAACUCGAGGCUCGGAGUGGCCCGCGAGCUCUGUACCUGAUUAGAUUUUGUUCCAAAGGUCGCGGUGGUGAUAUGUGCCUCUAAGUGUCGGGCAUAAUGAUAUCGUCUUAUGUAAGGGCGCGUCUUUUGGAUGGGUCACCAAUUUGCUAGGGUUUAAUUGAUUAUUUGUUUUCGGAGAAGGGGUUUCGAAUCGGAACAAUUUGGUUUCAAUUUCAUCCCGAGGACUGCUUCCAAUUUCAUCUUUCUGUACCGCUCCGGGUCAUGUGCUGAUUUGGAAACAAUGGCGCAGUUGGGGCAUUUCUCGGUUCGCACAAUUGUUACGGAUCGGAUCUGCGACUCGCCCUGCUCAAUCAACUUCGCUCGUUGAUGGA